GUAGCUCGUAUGGCCCGCCAAACCUCGUAACCGCUGGUUUCACGCGAAGGAGGACUACGAUUCCCCCCUCCGUUUCUCGGGCCCUCCUUCCGAGAAUGUGCUCGAUGCUCAUGCGGCCCCGCAUAGCCUCGGCUCCCGUCGGGGAAUUCGUGCGGCUCGCUCCGAUGGUUCUUUUGUUGCUGUAGUUGGGCAUCUUGGUUGCGAUCGGUCGUUUGCCCUGCUUAUUUUUUGACAGCAGGCAAAUUUGGAAUCGAUUUGUUUCUUGAGCUUUUGUGGAUGCCACCACGUUUUCUUUGUCAGCAAUUGCGGCACAUCGUCACUCUCUUCGUUUGAAAGCAGAGGUUGAAGAAAUCAAUGAAGUUUAAGUUUUUUCAUGUUCUCGGGGUAAAUUUGUCGCUCGAGGUGUUGAGUGCUAUUUGAGUGGUCAGGUUCCGUUGCUUCGCUCGAUUGCGAAUGGGUGUCCUCCUCAAUUCACUUUCUUGAGCAGCCUAUUUUUUUCCGCGUCCAUAUAUCUGUCUCAUGGCUUCUUGUCUGUGUAAGUGUGGGAAUAACAUUUAGUUCAGCAGCUGCAAAGCUGCUGAAGACCUGGGGUGGUCGAGUGUUUGUUCGGUUGGAUAUGCAGGACCACGCAGACUUUUGCUCCGCACCGAUCUUGGGGUACUAGUGCUUUCCUUUUCAGCUUAUUGAAAAGGAUGAUGGGGCAAUUCAUGCGUAUGCUCCUUCGACCGGGAAAAUAGUCCCUUUCCCUCUGGAGGAGUUUAGACCUAAUUUCUGUGACUGCAUGGUGUCAGGUCAGCGCAAGGUUGCAUCUGAGAAGAAUUUCUUUUCGGAGAGCCCAGACCUCUUUACGUUCUGAUGCCCAACCCCAGUUUUCAAGCUUUCAAUGUCACCUCAAAAUUUCGGACAGACACCCGCAUUUUCCCGUGCCAGCUAGGAUGGUUCAGUGCAGACUCUGAAAGCUCUCCUGUCAGUGAUCUAUGAUUGAGUAUCCUAUGGAAAGCCCCGAUCAAACUAUUUGCCCAGCCUCGGGCCUGUAAUGUGGAAGAUCUAGCUGGAGGCAUGGUCAUGGAUUUAAGUGUGGAUCUCCGUGAACAGUCAAUCCUGUUUUCGAACUGUGGAACUGUGGAACAACCUAAUUUACGUUCUAAAUGGAGGUCGAUAUGAAGCAGGAACAGUCAGUCCAGUUAACUCAUACUGUGAGCUUAAGUUCGUUGUUGGCGGCUAGGUUGUAGGUUGUAGGUUGUAGACAUCAUAGGCCUGGAUCCAGAAGUUGUAACGAGCACAUGUCCUCAACAACGAGUGGCAACAUUUACAACAAGAGUAAAUAUCAAUGAUACGAGAAGCUCUUGACAUCGAAAUGCUUCAGCUAUCAGAUUUUCUCAGACCCACAACACAACCAGGAAUAUCAGAUUUAGCUUUUGGCUUCUCUGAACUGGCGAAAAACCAGCGAGUUCCCGAAAUUCCCUUCAUCGUCAGAUGCUGGUCUACAUCCACCAGCAGCACUCCGCCGGCGUAAAGCUGGUUUGGCAUCUAAACAUCGAUCGUCUUAUAGUGCCCAGCCACACAAAGUUGUGACAAAAAAAAACUGUAAACAAUGGCGACACCAGUGCGGCCUACUCAGCCCAAGCCUCGGGCUAAAUCGCGAAUGAGUAUGGAUAGAGCUAUGGAUGUUGACAAUUCUGCUUCCACAUCGGAUGGCCAAAAAGUGACGGGUGUUAAGAGGACUUCGCUCGAGGCGAUGUUGGAUGAUACAGUUUCCGUUUUGAACCCAAAGGUUAUGGUGCCUUAUAUUACGAAAGUUGGGGAGGUUCCACGGAAAGUCCAGAUUGAAAGAAAGAAGAGGCUUUUUGCAACUGUGAAUAUUGAGGAUCUUUUGGCCAAGGAAGGAUUGAAGCCUGAUGAAUUGGAUUUUGACAAUAAAAAGCUGCCUCUUCACGUCUUCGACAAUACGACUUUUGAAACUCGUUUCCCUCAACAGUGGGUUGAUAAGGUGACGAAAGUUCCCGCUGUAGCAGGGCUUACAAAUUUUGAGGGAAAAUCAGUUUGGAAGAGCUGUAUCGUAACAGAUUUUCUAGAAGAAAGUAACACUUACCUGGUGCAGUGGGAUGAGACCGGACACACAUCUUGGCUUCCAAGGAUCCAGGUUCACUUUCAAGCGGAGGAUCCAUUUUUGUUUGUGAAGAGGGUGAAAGCCGCACACGACGCCAGAGCGAAGGCGGAAGUCGAGCUGAAGUAUAAUUGCUACAUCAAAGCCAUGCCCAUAGAAGACAGAACUUAUAUGACACCAGAACAGCUGGAACGGGUGAAGGCCCAUACAUACAAUACGAAGUUCAUGAAAGAGAAGUUAAUGGACGUGUCAGGGCUUCUCACAGAAGCGAAUACGGACUAUGGAAACGUGAUGAACAAACUCACUUUUGAUGACAGUUUGAAGUAUAAGCCCACUCCCUCAAAUGAAUUUAUCGUGGAGAUGGAUGUUGAGUUUCCACCUGAUGAACCAAAAAAACCUGUACCACGGUCUGGAACCGUCGAAGUUCCCGAGUAUGACUACGAGGAGCAGGCCAGUGAAUUCUACUUUAUGUCUUGUUUGACAAGGCCUGAGGUGAUAAUUGCAACUGCUAAGCUGCGCUUUGAAUGCAACAAAAUUCCCAAGAUGACAUUGUUGAGUACCCACUACAUCAAAAGUAUGCGCUUGGAUGAGUUUGAGUCCAUGGAGACACAGACAGCUGAGCAGGCUUUACUACAUCUUAAAGAGAGCUGGUUAACACUGUUGAGAAACAUUAUUCGAAGCUCUUUCAAAGAUGCUGGAAAGGGAUGGUUUAACAUCAAGGAGGCAAGUUUGGAAGCUUACCGGGCAAGCAAGAUGAAGAGGUACCUCACAAUGGUCCGUUACAUCAUGGAAGAUGCUCUGCGGUAUCUGGUGGAAGAAACUCUUGAAAGGUAUACAGUUUUUAUCGAGAAACAAUGUGGAGGUCCUAUGGUGGAAAUAGUCGAUACUGAUGAAGCCAACUGCACUUGGCCUCAACAGGACUUUGCAGCUAUGGUCAAAAAGCCUCCACUUUUUGCUUUGGAAAUUGUUACUGCUGAGGGUGGUAUAUUCGAGUAUAACACGCAGCUUAAAAAUUUCGAAGAAGUUACCGUACGUUCUCUUGAGUUUGCCGUCAAGUGUCUUCAGACGAUCCCACAAAUCGAAGCAUCGAUCAUGGAGAACCAGUUUUGGAGCAAAGUUCCCAAUCUGUCGACUCCGAUGCUAGAAGAGCCUUUGAUUAUUGCUCUCAAGAGUCGGGUUCAGGUAGCGAUCAGGAAAGCAAUGACUGUUGCUCGACUGUAUUUGGACAAGUAUGUUGAGUUUGAGCCGCUUCUUAAGAUGGACGUCCCGAAAUACAAAGCAGAGUUGAUAGCAAAGAAGCUCUCACUUAAAGACUUGCUUGAAGAGGUUCGCGCCCACAAAGCAGAGCAAGAUAACUUGGACAGAAGGAUUCCGAACUCGAUAUCUUUUGGAACAUUUCAAAUAACGUGCAAAAAAAUUCGACAAUCUUUACUUCAAAAGAAACAGCAACUUUGUGAUAUCGUAAUGCAGCUGAUAGCGAGUACACCGAAGCAGUUGGGUGAGGACAAACACAAGAGGUUCGAAGAGAUAGAAAAACAGCUCAAAAUCAAGACACAUAAUCCAGAGGAGGUGGCUGCACAGAAAGAUUUCAUCCUUACUGUGCCUGGAAAAGUUAUCGAGCUUAAGCAAGAGAUCGAUCAACUCGAAGUGUAUUAUACUGCAAUGGAUGAUCUGCAAUAUGCCCUCACUGACGGAGAUUUCGGUCAAAAGUGGACGUUGCUGACAUGGCCAACGAAAAUUGAGAAACUUUGUGAGAAGAUAGAGAAAUCUCUGGCAGUUGAUAAUGAACGUUACCAGAAGGAGAUGGAAGCGGAGCAGGCUUUAUUUGUGAACACUUUGGAAAGCGUGGACGCAACUGUAACUACGUUCAACAAUUACACCGACAUGGGCCAGGUGGAGCUGGUAUCUUACGAAGCACGGGAAUGUGCUGACAAAUUGCGCAAAGCAGAGGCUGCGACUCGCUUAUUCAACUCAAGAGAGGCUCUGUUCGGUGUCCCUCCUACAGAUUACAGUCGGUUGAAGAGAAUUCAGGAAGCAUUUGAACCAUUCAACUACCUUUGGGUCGCCGCUGAUGAGUGGAAAAAACGCUACAAAGGCUGGAUGGAGGAUUCCUGGAAUAAUUUGGUGCCAGAUGACGUGGAGAAAUUAGUCAUGGGCUGGUGGAAAGGUCUGUUUAAGUAUGGUAGAGAAUUCAGUAAGAGGGACCUCAUGACUCAAGCGACAUACUGCGAGGACAUCAGAGCACAGGUCGGUGAGUUCAAACCUUAUGUUCCUCUGAUAGCUGCGCUGAGGCAGCCGGGAAUGCGCGACCGGCACUGGGAUGAAAUCUCCAAGCAGAUCAAUCUGGACGUCCACCCAACUGAUGCAUUCACUCUUCAGCAAGGGAUCCAAAUGGGUUUACUCAACCAUCUUCCAAUCUUGGAGGAGGUUGCAGAUCUUGCGAGCAAGGAAUUUGGAAUAGAAAAUCAGCUUUCGAAGAUGGAGUCUGAUUGGAAGAGUCUUGAUCUGCAGAUUUUGGAAUACAAAGAGACUGGCACAUACAUUAUGAAGAUUGAAGAAGCUACUUUGCAGCAGCUUGAUGAUCAUAUCGUGCUUACUCAAGCAAUGAGUUUCUCACCCUUCAAGAAGCCGUUCGAGGACAAGAUUGCCAAAUGGGAGCAAUUACUUCAGCUUGUAUCGGAAGUUGUUGAAGAGUGGUUGAUGGUGCAACGACAGUGGAUGUACCUUGAACCAAUCUUCAGCAGCCCUGAUAUUCAGACGCAACUUCCGAUUGAAAGCAAAAGAUUUCAGACUGUGAACAACAUAUGGCGAAAAGCUUUAGCGCAGGCCCAUACGACACCUCAGAUCUUAACCAUGUGCUCCAGCAAAAAACUAUUAGAACAGUUUCGGGAGUCGAAUAGGCUUCUAGAUCUUGUACAAAAAGGACUCGCAGACUAUUUGGAGACAAAGAGAUUGGCAUUCAGCCGUUUCUUCUUCCUUUCAAAUGAUGAGCUGCUCCAGAUUCUAUCACAAGCAAAGAAUCCACUUGCUGUGCAACCUCAUCUGCAUAAAUGUUUUGAAGCUAUUGAUUCGUUGGAUUUCAAGAAAGAUCUAGAGAUAACUGCAAUGAAUUCGGCUGAAGGAGAGAAGAUUCCAUUUUCAGCAAGCAUGAGCCCCAUUGGAAAUGUGGAAAAUUGGCUCAGUCAGGUGGAACAGAGGAUGAAGGAAAGUGUUCACCAACAGAUCAAACUAGCUGUUACAGCUUAUAGGAAUACCGUAAGAACCCAGUGGGUACAGGAAUGGCCUGGCCAAGUUGUAUUAGCCGGCAGUUCCGUGUAUUGGACUAUGGGUGUGGAAGGUGCUAUUAGACAAGCCAACCUGCAGGAGUUUUUUGACACUGUCCAGGUUGUGCAACUCGAAGGAUUAACAGAUCUUGUCCGUGCACCACUAAGUAAACUUGCGAGGUUGACACUAGGAGCCCUCAUUGUCAUUGAUGUGCACGCUCGCGAUGUUGUUCAAGCGCUGAUCAAUGAGAAGGUGAAAGCUCCCACGGAUUUUGAAUGGGUCAGCCAGCUGCGAUACUACUGGGAGAAUGAGGGCAUCUGGGUUAAAAUGGUGCAAGCUUCAAUCGUAUAUGGAUAUGAAUACCUAGGGAACACUCCCCGAUUGGUUAUAACUCCAUUGACAGAUCGUUGCUAUAUGACUCUCAUGGGGGCUCUUCAUUUGAAUUUAGGUGGGGCACCAGCAGGCCCUGCUGGAACUGGGAAGACAGAAACAACGAAAGAUUUAGCUAAGGCUCUGGCCAAGCAGUGUGUUGUAUUCAACUGUUCAGACGGGUUGGACUACUUAGCAAUGGGCAAAUUCUUCAAAGGCCUUGCCAGCAGUGGAGCAUGGGCAUGCUUCGAUGAGUUCAAUCGUAUUGACCUGGAAGUGCUGUCUGUGAUUGCACAACAGAUCCUUACCAUUCAACUCGCUAUUCAGCAGAAAGUAAAGCGUUUUAUUUUUGAAGAUACUGAAAUAUCACUUGAUCCUUCAUGCUCAGUUUACAUUACUAUGAAUCCUGGGUAUGCAGGUCGGUCGGAACUUCCGGAUAACCUGAAGGCUUUAUUCAGACCUUGCGCUAUGAUGGUUCCUGACUACGCCUUGAUCGGUGAAAUUAGUCUCUUCUCAUUUGGCUUCCGCAAGGCUAAAGGUCUUGCCCAGAAAAUGGUAGCCACUUUUAAACUGUGUUCAGAGCAACUUUCAUCUCAGGAUCAUUAUGAUUAUGGUAUGAGGGCAGUGAAGAGUGUUAUCGUCGCAGCUGGUAAUCUGAAGCGUUCAUAUCCUGAUGAAGAUGAGGACGUACUACUGUUGCGUGGUCUACGAGACAUCAACGUUCCAAAGUUUCUAAGUCAAGAUCUUCCGUUGUUUGCUGGUAUUAUCACCGAUCUCUUUCCAGGGGUGGAACCGCCGGCUAUUUCCUAUGAUGAUCUAAUUGGUGCUCUAGUAACAGUCGGCAAGGAUCUGAACAUUCAAGCUGUUGAAGCUUUCACAACAAAGGUCAUUCAGCUCUACGAAACGACAAUCGUGAGACAUGGAUUGAUGCUUGUGGGACCUACUGGAGGAGGAAAGACAGCCAAUUACCGAUCCCUUGCUGGAGCAAUGUCGCUUCUGAAUACUCAGGGUUCUACAGUAUAUGAAAAGGUGCGAAUAGCUUGUCUGAAUCCUAAAUCAAUCACGAUGGGUCAACUAUAUGGGGACUUCGAUGAAAAUACUCAUGAGUGGACGGAUGGAGUUUUGGCCUGCUAUAUGCGAGAGCUUGCAGAGGACCCGUCACCAGCAAAGAAGUGGUUGAUGUUUGACGGGCCUGUUGAUGCCAUUUGGAUAGAAAACAUGAACACGGUACUUGAUGACAACAAGAAGCUGUGCCUGGUUAGUGGUGAAAUCAUACAAAUGUCGCAGACAAUGACCAUGAUGUUUGAAGUAGAGGACUUAGCAGUUGCAUCACCUGCAACAGUGAGCAGAUGUGGAAUGGUAUUCAUGGAACCAUUUGCUCGAGGAUUUGAUCCCUUGCUUACCUCGUGGCUACAGAGAAUUCCAAAACAUGUAUCAGCGUUUGCAGAUAAAUUUACCUUUUGGUUCAGGAAUAUAUCGGUUGUAGCUACUAGGCUUGUAAGAAAAUCACUCAAGCAGACAGUUGCAACGUCGGAUGAUAACUUGAUUCUCAGCAUGUUCAAUAUCAUGGACGCUCUCAUGGCUCCUUACUGUAAAGACGGAGGACUGGAAGUGAUGACAGACGAGGAAAAGCAACGCUUACCCAAGAUCAUUGAGCCACUGUUUAUGUUUGCAACCUGCUGGUCAGCCGGGGCCAGCUGCGAUAACGAGUCGCGUUCAAAAUUUGACUUGCAUAUAAGAGAGUCAAUGAAAGAGCACAAGAUUGAGAUUCCAUAUCCCGAAGGAAUGGAUGUCUUUCAGUAUUCUUAUGACCAUGUUAAUCUGCAGUGGGUAGAGUGGAUGACUACCAUUCCCAAAUAUACCUGCGAUCCCAAAACCCCCUUUUCUGAGCUCAUAGUUCCCACUGCAGGUGUUGUAGGAUACAAGUCUGUGAUACAUGCUUUGCUUGUGAUUGGGAAGCACGUCUUGUGUGUUGGAGAAACUGGAACAGGCAAGACCCUUGUUGUCAGGGAUAAACUGCUGAACUACAUGGACCCUGUGUAUGUUCCUAUGUUCAUAAAUUUCUCUGCAAGGACCGGAGCUAACCAAACACAAGAUCUUAUCGAUUCAAAGACAGAGAAGAGAAGGAAAGGUGUAUAUGGUCCACCAGCAAUGAAGAAGUAUGUCAUAUUUGUUGAUGAUGUAAAUAUGCCCCAGAGAGAAAAAUAUUUUGCUCAACCUCCUAUUGAGAUCCUCCGCCAAUGGAUGGAUCACAAAGGAUGGUAUGACAGACAUCCACCGUGCGCCUUCCGUACGAUUGUGGACAUUCAGUUUGUUGGUUGCAUGGGACCACCUGGAGGUGGCAGGAACCCUGUAACCAUGCGUUUCUUGAGACAUUUCAAUUUUCUGUCUUUCACUGAGAUGCCAGAUGAUAGUUUGAAACUGAUCUUCUCAACAAUUUUGAAUGCAACUUUUGUUUUGGGGUUCCCUGAUGACGUGAAAGCAGCAGCAGAUUCUAUAGUGAUAGGAACAAUUGACGUCUACAACACCAUCAGAAGGGAGUUAUUACCAACACCAGCAAAAUCUCAUUAUACCUUCAAUUUGAGAGACUUGAGUAAGGUUAUACAGGGAGUGCUCCGGGCUGAUCCAAAAACUACCAAAGAGCUUAAACCAGUUAUAAAACUUUGGGUUCAUGAAGCGAUGAGGGUUUUUCAGGAUCGGCUCAUCAACAACGAGGACAGGAGCUGGUUCAGAAACCUUCUUGCAACCCAGUUGCAGAAAUAUUUUGACAUGAAAUGGGAUACUCUUUUUUCGAUAGAUCGAGUUAUAUUUGGAGACUUUUUCAUCCCUGGCGCUGAGCCCAGACUUUAUGAAGAGAUCACAGAACUAGAACAACUUCAGAAAGUCAUGUAUGAGUAUCUUGAACAAUACAACAGCAACAGCAAUGCCCCUAUGAAUCUUGUACUCUUUCUGGAUGCCAUCGAACAUGUGUCACGAGUUUGUAGGGUUAUUAGGCUUCCACUUGGAAAUGCUCUCCUGCUUGGAGUCGGAGGCAGUGGAAGACAAAGUCUGUCUAAGUUGGCGACAUUUAUCGAAGAGUAUGAAAUUAUUCAGGUGGAAAUUGCCAAAGGAUAUGGCAAUAACGAGUGGAAAGAAGAUUUGAAGAAAGUACUCUACAAGGCUGGCCUAGAUGAUAAAGAAACAGUGUUCCUGUUUUCUGACACUCAGAUUCUCAUGGAAUCUUUUCUGGAGGACAUCAACAACAUUCUGAACUCUGGAGAGGUACCCAAUUUGUGGAAAAACGAAGACUUGGACAUAAUUGCAACUGCAAUGCGCCCUAUUCUUCUUGCUGCUGGAACUCCUGUAACAAAGCUGAACCUCCAGACUGCCUUCCUGAAGCGCGUCCGACAAAAUCUUCACGUGGUCUUGGCAAUGAGUCCAAUUGGUGAUGCUUUCCGUACGAGGCUGAGGAUGUUUCCGUCUCUUGUCAAUUGUUGUACAAUUGACUGGUUUAGUGAGUGGCCAGAGGAAGCUUUAAAAUCUGUUGCAAACAACUUUCUCACCGCAACUGGACUGUUUACUCCUGAGGAGGUGCAAAAGGUUGUAAAGGUGUGUGUAUAUAUACAUCAAUCUGUGGAGAGACGUUCUGCAGAUUUCUUGCAAGAACUAAAUCGUCAUAAUUACGUGACUCCUACAAGUUACCUUGAGCUUCUCCAGCUAUUCAUCAAGCUAAUGGGUGAGAAGAAAUCUGACUUGCAAGGAUUGAAAGGAAGGCUUGAAGCAGGUCUAGACAAACUAUUGACGACGGCACAGGAAGUAGAGGUCAUGCAGGAAGAGCUGAAGCGUUUACAACCCAUUCUUCAAGCUACUGCAAAAGAAGCAGACGAGAUGAUGGCUGUCAUUUCUAACGACAAAAAGGCUGCUGAUAUUACGAAGGCGGAGGUAGGUAAGCAAGAAGCAGAGGCAAACAAGAUGGCCGCAAAGGCAAAAGCCAUUGCAGACAGUGCACAAGCAGAACUUGAUAAAGCUUUACCAGCUCUCGAGGCGGCGCUCUCAUCUCUCAAAUUACUGACAAGGAACGACAUUGUCGAAGUCAAGUCCUUAAGAAACCCCCCUGAGGGUGUGAAAAUGGUCAUGGAGGCUUGCUGUAUCAUGUUUCAGCAAGCUCCAAAAAUGGUUGCUGAUCCGAAUAAGUUGGGUAAAAAACUUGCAGAUUACUGGGAUGCCAGCACGAAGAUGCUGACAGAUCCGACCAAGUUUUUAGAUUCCUUGUUGGGAUUUGACAAGGACAACAUUCCUGAAUCUGUGAUAGUAAAGAUUGAGCCUUUUAUUACAAUGGAAGCAUUUACGCCUGAGCAGGUGGCAAGAGUGUCAAAAGCAUGCACCUCUAUCUGCAUGUGGGUGAGGGCCAUGCAUUCUUACUACCUAGUGUGCAAAGUUGUCGCUCCAAAGCGUGCUCAGCUGGCUGAAGCUCAGGGCGUUCUCGAUGCUGUUCUGGCACAACUUCAUGACGCUCAGGCCAAGCUCAAAGAGGUGGAGAGCAAAAUAGCCCUCUUAGAGGCUGAUCUAAGUGCUGCUGUUGCCAAAAAAGAUGCUUUGGCCAAACAAGCUUCAGAUUGUGAAAAGAAGCUCUCUAAUGCAGAUAAACUGAUUGGUGGCCUUGGUGGUGAGAGAACAAGAUGGAUUGCCAACAUAGCUAGCCUUGAAAUCGAUAUCAAGAACGUCAUUGGAGACGUGGCUGUGGCUGCUGGUGCUAUUGCCUAUACAGGACCAUUUACCCCUCCUUAUAGGGAGAAAUUCAACCUAGACUGGGUCAGAUUGGUGAAAGAACUAGAGCUACCGCAUACUCCUGCUAUAACGCUACAAGGAUGCUUGAAGGACCCUGUGAAGAUGAGGGCUUGGAACAUAGCCGGUUUGCCUAGCGACACACUUAGUGAGGAUAACGGAAUUAUCGUAUCCAAAGCUCGUCGCUGGCCGCUGAUGAUUGAUCCUCAGGGACAAGCGAAUAAGUGGAUCAAGAACAUGUACAGAGAUAUAGGUUUGGAUGUUAUCAAAUUGUCUGAGAAAGACUACCUCCGAACUUUGGAAAACGGAGUCAGGUUCGGUCGAGUUGUGCUUCUAGAAAACGUUUUGGAGGCUCUGGAUCCAGCAUUGGAACCACUUCUUCUUCAGCAAACAUACAAACAAGGUGGUCAGGAAGUGAUCAAGAUUGGAGAAAAUAUCAUUCCGUACCACAAAGAUUUCAAGUUUUACAUCACCACAAAGCUUCGAAACCCUCAUUACGCUCCUGAGGUCAGUGUGAAGGUUACGCUACUUAAUUUCUUCGUCACACCUGAAGGGCUGGAAGAUCAAUUGCUGGGAAAUGUCGUCACUAAAGAAAGACCUGACUUGGCAGAGAUGAAAACACAACUAACGCUGUCCAAUGCAAGUAUGAAACGUGAGCUGAAAGAAUUGGAAACUAAGAUACUAUUCCUCCUGUCAAACGCACAGGGCAACAUUCUAGAAGAUGAAACCCUCAUAAAUACUCUAGCACAGUCAAAGAUAACAUCAGAUGAGAUCAAACUGAAGGUUGUGGAAGCCGAGAAAACAGAGGUUGCUAUUGAUGAAACACGUGAGGUCUAUCGAAAAGUUGCAACAAGAGCGUCGCUUCUUUUCUUCUGUAUCUCAGACUUGGCACUAGUGGAUCCUAUGUAUCAGUACAGUUUACCAUGGUUUAUUGGUCUUUUUGUAAGAGCCAUGGAGAGUGCUGCUCAAUCGACUGUUAUCGACAAACGAAUUGAAAAUUUGAACGAGUAUUUUACAUACUCGCUUUAUGUGAAUGUCUGCCGAUCGUUGUUUGAAAAACACAAACUCAUGUUUUCCAUGAUGCUGUGCAUCAAGAUCCUUCAGGGAAAAGGCGAAGUUGAUUCCUUGGAAUGGCGGUUUCUACUCUCCGGUGGUAUUUCAUCAGUCCUGACCUUGAAAAAUCCAGCCCCUGACUGGUUAACAGAUAAGUCAUGGAGUGAUAUUUUGAACCUUGCGAAGCUUGAAAGAUUCAAAAAUUUUGAAAAGCAUGUGGUGGACAAUAUAGCCCACUACAGAAAGUACUUUGAUAGCUCUGAUGCUCAUAAGGAGCCCCUAGCUGGAGAGUGGAAUACUAAACUAGACAAUCUUCAAAAGCUGCUUGUGCUUCGAUGCCUUCGAAUCGACAAGUCUCUUCUUGGCAUUCAGGAUUUUGUCACCCACCACCUUGGACAGCGAUUUAUUGAACCUCCAGCGUUUGAUCUUGCAACCUGUUUCAAAGAUGGUACUCCAAAUUCACCACUCAUAUUCGUUCUCUCACCGGGAGCGGAUCCUAUGGCAGAUUUGCUGAAACUGGCAGAAGACCAUCGAUUCACCAAAAAGUUCGAGAAGGUUUCUUUGGGACAAGGACAAGGUCCAAAAGCCGAGAAAUUAUUAGCACAAGGUAUGGAGCGCGGUAUGUGGGUGUGUCUUCAAAAUUGUCAUUUGUCGCAGUCAUGGAUGCCGGCACUGGAUCGUAUCGUGGAUAACAUCGACCCUGAAAAAGUCCAUAAAGAUUUUCGACUGUGGUUGACGAGCAUGCCCAGCCCGGACUUUCCUGUAGCAAUUCUUCAGAAUGGUGUAAAAAUGACUUUGGAACCACCUAAAGGGUUGCGAUCUAACAUGAUAAGGUCUUACCUGCGGUACACGGAUAAGCAGCUUAAUGACUGCGCUAAGCCUGAUGAAUGGAAGAGACUUGUCUUCGCGACGUGUCUUUUUCAUGCUGUCAUACAAGAGCGACGUAAGUUUGGGCCACUCGGGUGGAACAUUCGAUACGACUUCACUGAUGGUGAUUUGAGUGUUUGUCAAGUGCAGAUUCGAAUGUUUCUGAAUGAUUACGAAGAUAUUCCCUUCAAGGUCAUUCGGUUCCUCUGUGGAGAGAUUAAUUACGGAGGACGUGUAACCGAUGACAAGGACAGAAGAUUAAUGAACACGCUUCUCCAAACGUUCGUAACAGCUGAGGUCUGCACUGAAAAGGGUUACAAAUUCAGUGAAUCCGGUGUAUUUUGUAUACCAGAUGCCAGCAAUUGUAAUGCCUUCUUGACUUAUUGUAGAGAAAUUCCUCUUGCACCGAAGCCCGAGAUAUUUGGUCUUCACGAGAAUGCAGAUAUCACUUGUGACCAGAAUGAAUCAAACGAUCUGUAUGGUACGGUUUUGACUCUCCAGCCACGAGAAAGCGCAUCUGGUACUGGAAUGUCUCGUGAAGAUAUUAUUGAGAAGAAGUGCAAAGACAUGCUGGCCGUGGUUCCGCCAGUGUAUGAUGUCGAAGUGGUCCUCCAGAAGUACCCUACUAUGUACAAUGAAAGUAUGAACACAGUUUUGACACAGGAGUGCAUUAGGUACAACGGCCUGUUGAGCGUCAUGAAGCGAUCACUGCAAGAUGCCCUCAAAGCACUCAAGGGGCUCGUCGUCAUGUCUCCUGACCUUGAAAUGCUUUGCAACAGCAUUUUCUUGAAUCUAGUGCCAGAGAUGUGGCAAGGCAAGGCUUAUCCUUCUUUGAAACCCCUCUCAGCAUGGAUAGAUGACUUGCUAGAGAGGUGCAAGUUUAUAUCUAAAUGGAUUGCGGAAGGUGUUCCAGCUGUGAUAUGGAUCUCCGGUUUCUUUUUCCCACAGGCCUUUUUGACUGGAACGCUCCAAAAUUUUGCUCGAAAACAUAGAAUGGCUAUUGAUACGGUCAGUUUUGACUAUCAAGAGAUGGACACAGACUCAGUCAAAACACUAACCAGACAGCCGGAAAGCGGUUGCUAUAUUAGAGGACUGUAUCUCGAAGGAGCUCGCUGGGACAGUCAGGCUCAUCUUUUAACAGAGUCCAGACCUAAGGAGCUGUUUACCGAUUGUCCAAUCAUAUGGCUGAAGCCUACUCAGCAUAGAGUGCCACCAACUGGUGGCAUUUAUUUGUGCCCUGUCUACAAAACUCUUGUCCGGGCGGGAACUCUCUCAACCACUGGCCACUCCACCAAUUUUGUGAUGUACUUGGAGUUGAAGUCUGAGAAGAAACAAGCUUGGUGGAUCAAUCGAGGAGUUGGCCUUUUCACUGCCUUGGCCUACUAGAGUUGUUAAUGUCAUGAUGUCUACAGGUCCUGUGUGAUUCUCCAAAAAGUGUAAUCAACAAUCAUAAAAAAUUGUUUGUUGCGGCUAUAAUGUACCGAGAAUUUAAUUGUACAGAUUUGCUCGUUACUACAUUUUCACUCAGCAUGGGCUCCGGCCAUUCUGAAUGCGCUGUUAGUACGGACAAGAGAAGACAUGCAAUCAAGAACUUUGCUUAAUACAUUUCAACGUGUCAAUUUCUGG